CAGGAACUCCAGGCCAGAAGCGUCAGAAGAUAUUCGACUACGCUGAACAGCGCUGUUUGAUUGCGAACAAGGAGGCCAAAGAGCUGAAGGAUUUUCAACUUCUCAUUGACGCCCUCGGACUGAUCAAACUCUUCGACGCAACCCCCGGCUGCUUCGAACGGGCAAUCGAAAGCGCACACGGCGAUACCCCUCUCAAUCAAGAAGAAGAUAUUCUGAAGAUUGUCCCCCUCCCCGAGCACGAGAGUAUUAGCUCCCCUGAUACGCAGUCAAUUGCUCAGUAACCGCAAACUCGAGAGCUGUUUCUCGACGACUUGCGCGCACCCUCACACUUUGCUACCCAUCUUUUUUCCUACCCUUGAUCUCCUUCAGCAUGGCGGCCGCCGGCGACUCGACUCUCUUUGAUGAGAAUUUUACCAUUACGACUUUUGAUCAGUCCAAGUAUGAUCGCGUUGCACGGAUUGGCGCAACUUCUUCGGAUUCUCAGACCGUCAUGACGCUCGACAUCAACACCGAUUUGUAUCCGCUGUCUGUUGGCGAGUCCAUACACAUGGUUCUCGCAUCAUCUUUGGCGUUGGACGGCAGCAAAGACGAUAACAAGGGCUGGAGGGAUGUCGGUCGCGCUGGACAUGGAGGGGAGGCAACACUAGCUGAUAUGUUUGACUACGUCUGCCAUGGCAAGCUCUACAAGUUCGAGGAUGGUGACGAGUCUGGACAGACGAUCAAAGCAUAUGUUUCAUUUGGUGGUUUACUUCUGGCGCUUGAGGGUCCUUACAAGAAGCUUACACCGUUACGCGUCGACUACCUCUACAUGCUCAUCAAGAAAUGAUUGAUUUUCUUUAGCCUCUACUUGCUGGCUUACAUUUCGACAUGACGAUCUCACGAUACGCACUCAUGCCUUUCUUUUCUCAUGCAUAUCACCGGUUGGUUGUAGGCCGGUCAGGCGUUAUGGAUAUCAAAAGCUGGGCGUUGGGCACAAGAUACCUUUCCCACAAUAUGGUACAAUUGAAAGAAAGAAUAUAUCUCUGAGCUCCGU